UGUGGCAGACAGAAUAUGACCGGCUGCCUGAGCCUAUGGGAGGGUCCAUGGGAUUCUUAUGCGUUGAGAUCCUCCACACUGGGUUUCCAGGGACAUGGAGUUCCUCCCUUAGUCACGCAGUCUUCAGACAGCGUAUCCUUGGACGUCUCACGAGACAGCCACAGGGCGGUUAAGCCGCACUGCAACCUCAGCACCGAGCUGCCAUCACCUCAUUCCUCACAGUGAAGAGUAUUGCAUGUCUGGGAGUUCUUGCUCUUGCGUAUGGGUCUGCUGCCUCUACAGUGGGAAGCGGCCAGACUGCUCAACUCUUUCUGUGCUGUGGAGAAGACUUUGCAGUGCAGUUGCUCCUUUCGUGGGAUCCCCACACCCUCUGUGCAGUGGUGGAUGGAUGAUGCUCCUGUGGAUGUGAACAGUGGGCAUGGCCACCUCCAGGUGACCUCUACCACACUUGGCCCCUGGGACAACAGCACCCUCAGCAUGGCCAAGGACCCAGAAAUGGGCACAGUCCUUCUUUGUGAAGGAAAGAACCAACAUGGAACCCAUGGUCUGAGCAUCCUACUGAUGUCAAGAAGGGGCCCUUUGGCUCCCCAGAUCUUCCUGAAGGCGCUGCUCCAGGGUGUUGUCUAUGCAGCCAUGGCAACCACACUACUUUUCUUCUGCCUCCUCCCCUUCAUAGUGAAACUUCUCAGGAUGCAGAAGGCAAAGAAGUGUGCACAGAUGAGAGCACAGCAGGACUCUAAGCCUGGACCAGAGGGAGACUCCAUUGUGAAGCCCAAGGAACCUAGAAAAUCCAGAACUGAGUCACCUGGGAAGUUGCUCUCAGAAAAGGAAGACAGCCUGAAGCCAGCGGAGCCUCUGGAGGAAACCGCACCACACCCAAAGCUCUCAUUAUUCCCAGAAUCACAAAAACCCAUGGAGAGCCCAGAAACCCCAAGUCCGUAAUAAACUUGGAGUCCUGCAAAUCUGAGCUCACGAAGACCUCUCGGCCUCUACACAACCUGUACACUCCAAGGUGUGGAGACAACACUGGGCUGGGCUCAGGACUUUAAAAGGUCACCUGUAUGACUGGUGUUUGGUGACGGGAGUCACAAGACUAUGCAGCAAAUGCACAGCUGGCAGACCACUGGACAG